UGGUGGCGUCAGUGGUUGUGUAUCGAACGGGUUGUGAUGGUGGUGGUGGGUACGGCAGCAAUUACCGACAACGUCGGUUCGAAUCCCCACGCUACCACCUGAGAUUUUUCAGGCACCGCCGAGUGGCCUAACACUACCCACAUGCUGUCCAGAAAACCACCCAUCCACCCGGACUCUAGAAGAAACCGUCCAAGUGAAUCAAGAAUGAGUUCGGGGGGGGGGAGCAUGAGCCAAGCAUAACUGGCGCCACUAUAAAAAUUGCCUGCGCCAUAACGGGCUUGCUUGGGCCGACCAUCAGGCCCCUGAAGAAAGCCUGCCGGCGCUUCAGGCGAUGCAAAAAAAAAAAAAAAAAAAAAAGAAGCUGCUUCCUCCCCUUGAUGUAUUAGGGUACAGUAACACAUUCACAGUCUUGACUUCCAACAAUGCCCCGCUGCCAGACGUACAUUACGACCAUCGUAAAUAGGCCAUGUCGAAAGGAUGUUGUUGAGAUGGACAUCCAACGGUAGUGGGUGGUUUAUUGCGGACGGGUGACACGUCAGGGAGGGCGCUGAUUGUUUUGAAAUUUCCAAAACCGUUGGCGUGUGGCCUGGCGUCGGGAGUCAAGUUAGGGAAUAUGACAGUAGCCUUACUAUUUGCAGUCCGUGUCAAUUCCGUUUUCGUUACCUAGAAAACGGGAAAACGAAACAACUCGGUUCCGGUAUGGCGUCAAAUUGUUACGGAUAUGAGCACCGCGGCCACGCGCAGCCAAAGCGUUUGUUCCCAGCUGUACCUUACCUUUAUAUUUAGCGUUUUCAGCAGACCAACAGGUUUCAUGAAGUCGUUCAGGAUAACGGUCCGUUUAUAUACGGGAAUAGAAAAUUAAGUCUCGCCCAGCAUUAGACAACCACUCCUCGUCGCCUUUUCCCUCCUCCUUUGGCUUCUCGACCAAUGGGAGGCCACGAAGAGCGUCACGUGACCGGCCACCUUACCCACAAUGCCAGUUUGGUUCGAGGUGUGAUAGGGAGUGGACUUUCCUCGGGCCGCUCUGCACUGUGUUACUGGUCUCUAUUUCCUGGAUGUUACACCGGCCGGAUUGCCAUAUUACAGGCUGCGUUUCCGAGACGGCAGCAGCAACGGCGGCGAUACUGGUAACAGAGGAUCAGCUGGGUGGUGCUGUGUACUGGCGGGAGCGACUCUCCCCCAUCUCCUUACCCCCAGCUGCCACCCUUCAACUCGCGCCUGCUCCACUCUUCUUAUUUCUACCAUCCCUCCCCCACCCCAUCAACCAUGAAGGAUAUCGACACUGCCGCAGCCCCCAUGAUAUCUGUCCCUGCUGGGGUUCUGAAGGAGUUCAUUCCUUCCCCGAACUCUAGAACACCAAGCCCAGAAGUCUCUUCUUCCACUACUUCAACGUCGUCCUCCACCACCACCGUGACGCGAGCUUCUGCUUCCUCACCUUCCCCGUCCCAGUCACCAUCUCCGUCCCUCGCGGCCAGCAUCACCACAGCUUUACAAAUCGCUACAGACAACAUCGCCGCAAUCAACAGUAAUGGCAGCAGUGAAGUCAGUGCGAAAAGUAGGACUCCCACACCCACGCUCACAUCGAGGACAUCAUCCCCUGCUCUCCCACAUCUGAAAGAGAAGACCUCAGUCACUAUUACUUCCGCGGCUACCCAUGUUCAUGUCAACGGUAAGGUGGAUGUCAAGGCCGAAAAUAAUGAUCCAAUGGAGGAUUCGAAGACGGACAGCAAUGACUCAAAUUCUAUGGUAAAUGGGCUGGCAGGGUCACCCUCGUCUUCCCCUUCAGCCAAUACCACGGGGGUGAAAAGGCCCAACGAUGACGAAGAAAACGUCAAACCAGAUCUCAAGAGGAUACGAGUGUUCCCCUCGGUCAGCGAGGACGGAUGCAAGAGAGAACUCAAAAUCACGGACAAGGAGGUGUACGAGGCAGCGCUUGACCUUGAGUACAAGAAAUACGAAGAAGUCAAGAAUUCAAAUAACCAGAGCUUAGUGACGCUGAGACGCAUCAAGAAUGGCAUUGCAAGGCUUUCAGGGGAGAAGGUCCCCAGCACUGACUCACCUUCUCAAUCCCCUUCCACCUCUCCCUCCCCUGCGAUCACAUCUGGCCCAGAGGGAGAAGAUCCAGCAACCCCUGGCCUUCCUGAUCUGGGUACUGCCCCCGGCAAGGAACAGGGCUUGGCCGACAAGGAGAAUGUGAGGACCACACGAGGCAGAGAAAGGAAGGUCAAUAAAAAUGGUCUGAAGGAUGCCAUUCUGCGGGUUUUCAGUGAGAACACCCUGUAUGGAUCAGAGUUAGGCCAUCUCAAGCAGAUGUGCGAGAAGCUCACUUCUACCCUGGAGAUCAACAUGCGGAAGGUGGCACAAUUCCACAAAGAGAUUGAGGACCUGCGGAAGGUAACGACGCGUCUUGCAGCUGAACAUCAGGCAAGGAAAGGACAGUAUGUAGCUCCAAUCAGAAUAAAGAGGUCCGUGGGCAUCCAGGCAGCCCCACACAUUAUCAACAAGGGGAUCAUGCAUGCCAGCGUCAGUGGUGGAAACAUCAAGACUAUCUCUCCUCGUGCCUCCAGUGUGGUUGGGGUGCUACCAACCUCCAUGGGCCAGAACCUCAUUCCAGGGAGCACCGUGGGCAUCAUCACCACUUCCUCGGGCAUGCGUCCAGCAACACUGACUGGAAUCCCUGCGUCUGCUCCUGGUAUUCCUGCGGGCACGUCUACCAGCCUAGGCACUGCUGUAAGGACGCCCAAUGGGCAGAUCAUGAUGAUGGCACCGGCAGGCACCAUGCAACCUCUAACCAGGCCUGCUGCUGGGGUGAACGCCACGACAACUGUGUUGCCAGUUGCACAAGGGCGGGUGGUUCGGGCCCCCCUCAGUAACAUAGGUACGAUGGGACCUCAGGCAGGCACUCUAAUUGGCAUGCAACGGCCCAUCCUCAUCCAGAACGACAAGGGUGCCAGUCCUGCUCCCAUCUUACAGACAACACUGGCCGCAGGAAGAGGCGGAGGGGUGAUAGACCUCACCGAUGAGGACGAGGGAGCCAAGGGCAUUGUCAACAGGGGCAGUGUGGUGCCAAAACCAGGCACUCUAAUGAAGGUGCCAACUUCAGCUACAGCACAACUUGUUCCUCUGCAGCAGGGAGGAGUGGGACAGAUGGUGUUGCUGCCAAACGCCUCAGGAGGCCAACCCACCACUGCCCUUAUUGUCAGCCAGGUGUCAACGGGGCAGACCCAGGACAGCAUCACCAACCCAGCAGUGGCUCAGGCGCGCAUCACCACGUAUGUCAACCACACGUCCAGCGCCACCAGAGUCCUGGCCAACACAUCCCCAGCCCCCGCCAGGACAUCUGGCACCACCCCAUCACCCACCACCACAAUGCAGCAGUCGAGUGGUUCAAUGAAGCACCCAGCACCUUUACCCAAGACUCCCUUUCAGCAAGUGGGGGGGAUAUCCAAGAAGCUGCCUCCACAACCCACACUCAAGCUUUCACACAAAGACAGCAGUAUUGUUCUCUCCUGGACAAUGGCAAAGACAGAGGACCAUGAGACCAUCGCUUCCUAUCAGUUGUAUGCUUACCAGGAGGGUGCUGCCCCGCCCAGUGCCAACCUGUGGAAGAAGGUGGGCAGUGUCAAGGCCCUGGAGCUGCCCAUGGCCUGCACACUGACCCAGUUUAUGCCUGGCCACGUGUACCACUUUGCUGUGCGUGCUGUGGAUACCAAAAGUCGGUUGGGACCCUUUUCUGAACCAAGGAGCAUUAAGUUGGAUAAGAAGUGAUCCCUGCCUCACUCCACCUGCACCUCUCCUGAAACUGCCCUCAACCCCACUUCACUGCCCAAAUCUCCCCACAGCCCCAAGGUCACCUUGGUGGUGCCAGAUGACUCAUUAUGAAAUGGAUGUCAGACUUGUUAAGUCAAGGUGUGGUCUUCGAGUGAUCCAUGUUGGUUUUUACAAAGCGAGAAGUCAUGUCACAUUUGUUACCAUUUAUGUGCUUCGUGUGCAUGCACUGCAUGUUUACAUGAAAUGGUGGCAAGUUACUCAGGUCAACGUAUUUAUUAUUUGUUUCCAUCAUCAAAUGUCUGUUGAGUUGUCCUUUUUGUAGUUCAUUGUCACAAAACCCUCCUCCAUAAUCCCGAGUCAUUGUGAAGAACCCCCGGUGCAGCUGGUAGGAUUGUAUCUUGUGAUAGGGAGGUUUCUGGGGUGUUUUUCUACAGUAGAGCUUUUGGUAUUGCCAUAAUCAUUGCCAUUACCAUCAUAAUCACCCUGCCAUUAUCAUCUCAUUGAGGUAUGGUGAAUGGUUGUAUAUUUUUUAUGUACAAACGUAGGGAAGGCAUUUCUCAUUGCUCAUAUCUUAUUUCUCUGCUUUUCAUUGUUGCAUUACAUUUCUUCUCAUGAGGAUAGUUUGUUUAUGUAGCUGCAUUUAAGCAUCAUUCACUGAAGUGGCUCAACGUCAUGUAAUACCUUCAGAACAUUCACUCCGUAAUUUCAACUAGAAGAGGGUGGAAGUGUUUGAUCGUGGUAAAUAUAUAGUUGCCCUUUAUAUAGUAAAUUAAAAUUCUUAGGAACAGGUGAAUGGAGGUAUCACAGUGACCUUUGUUGUCUCCAAUGACCAGAGGUUCAUAUGAGAUUGGUAAAUGCUAGGUCUAGUCCUUUUUGGUUUAUACUUGAAGGAGAGCAGUUCUGCGGAGCAUUAGUACCUGUUCGGGUAUUUAUUAUGACUUUUUAAUCAAAGAUCUUAUGGAUGCAUCUUUAAUCGGAAAUGUUAUGGACAGUAUUAUACCAGUGGACAUUGGUAAUAUAAAGGAAUUUUUAUAAAUAUUUGCCCGACGUAUGGGAGCAACUUUAACACAGUAGGAAGAGGGUAGAAGGUGCGUAUGAUGUCUGUCCUGCUCUGUUCAAUGGGAAGCUUUGCCGCCUUCACCCACAUGAAACUAGUGAAUGGUUUUCUAAGGUGUACACUGUAAAGCAGUGGAUCAUUAAAUUAAUAAAUAUUAAUGUUA